AGAAGGGCCUUCGCCUACAGGCCGCAGCCUACAGGCUUCCGUUGGCUUUUUGUCCCUGUCUGAUUGUACGGUGAUAAACGGGCCGCGGCUGCCGCAGGCGCCCCCGGUGACCCGCCCUGCAAUGUGCUGUUAGACGUGGCGAAAGCACAGAGGGCCAGGCCUAGGGGCCUCUGUGUUGCCCGGCUCGGGUCCGGCCCUGUUUCCCUUCUCCCGCGUGGCCCUGAUGGCCUUGGGGGAGCCCGCGGUGCCUGUUGACUGAGGAAGAGAGCUCCCGCUGUCUCCCCCCACAACUGGGCCGUCCUCAUAAUCUCUGAACCCACUUUGGUCAGGACAGGAAGCGCAGGCUCCCUUCCUGCCCGUGUUUUCCUGAGAGAAAACUAUCUUCCCUCCUUUUUUGCAUAUUUGGCGAAUGGUUCCACCUUUCUCUCCGCCCCAGUGGAGUGUGAAGGCGGUGGUGGAGGACACAGGCCCGCCACCCCGGGGACAGCAGGGUCCCUCCCAGGCGGCGGAGCUAAGGGGCCUCCACGCGGCCCAGGGUCCGAAGACCCCAGUCCUCGGAAGGCAGCGCCCCAGGUCUCCCUGAGGCCCAGGCUCACUGAUAACCUGAGGACAAUGGACGCUGAUGAGGGUCAAGACAUGUCCCGAGUUUCAGGGAAGGAAAGCCCCCCCGUGAGUGACACUCCGGAUGAUGGGGAUGAACCCAUGCCCGUCCCCGAAGACCUUUCCACCACGUCUGGGGGACAGCAGAGCUCCAAGUCCGAGAGAGGAGUGGCCGGUAAUGUUAAAGUAGAGGCUCAGAGUGAUGAAGAGAAUGGGCGGGCCUGUGAAGUGAAUGGGGAAGAAUGUGCGGAGGAUUUACGAGUGCUUGAUGCCGCGGGAGAGAAAAUGAAUGGCUCCCACAGUGGCCAAGGCAGCAGAGCUCUGUCAGGAGCUGGAGGCAUUCGACUUCCUAACGGCAAACUAAAGUGUGAUGUCUGUGGGAUAAUUUGCAUCGGCCCCAAUGUGCUCAUGGUCCACAAAAGAAGCCACACUGGCGAGCGGCCCUUCCAGUGCAACCAGUGCGGGGCCUCCUUCACGCAAAAGGGCAACCUGCUCCGGCACAUCAAGCUGCACUCUGGGGAGAAGCCCUUCAAGUGUCAUCUCUGCAACUACGCGUGCCGCCGGCGGGACGCCCUCACCGGCCACCUGAGGACGCACUCCGUUGGUAAACCUCACAAAUGUGGAUAUUGUGGCCGAAGCUAUAAACAGCGAAGCUCUUUAGAGGAACAUAAAGAGCGUUGCCACAACUACUUGCAAAGCAUGGGCCUUCCAGGCACGCUGUACCCAGUCAUUAAAGAAGAAGCUAAUCACAGUGAGAUGGCAGAAGAUCUGUGCAAGAUAGGAUCAGAGAGAUCCCUCGUGCUGGACAGACUAGCAAGUAACGUCGCCAAACGUAAGAGCUCUAUGCCUCAGAAAUUUGUUGGGGACAAGUGUCUGUCGGACAUGCCCUACGACAGCAGUGCCAGCUACGAGAAGGAAAACGAGAUGAUGCAGACCCACGUGAUGGACCAAGCCAUCAACAACGCCAUCAGCUACCUGGGGGCCGAGUCCCUGCGCCCGCUGGUGCAGACGCCCCCGGGUGGCUCGGAGGUGGUCCCGGUCAUCAGCCCCAUGUACCAGCUGCACAAGCCGCACGCGGAGGGCCCCCCGCGGUCCAACCACUCGGCCCAGGACAGCGCCGUGGAGAAUCUGUUGCUGCUCUCCAAGGCCAAGUCCGUGUCCUCCGAGAGGGAGGCGUCCCCGAGCAACAGCUGCCAAGACUCGACAGACACCGAGAGCAAUACGGAGGAGCAGCGGGGUGGCCUCAUCUACCUGACCAACCACAUCAACCCCCACGCCCGCAAUGGCCUGUCCAUCAAGGAGGAGCACGCGGCCUACGACGUGCUGCGGGCGGCCUCCGACGGCUCCCAGGACGCCUUCCGCGUGAUCGGCACGGGCGGGGAGCCCAUGAAGGUGUAUAAGUGCGAACACUGCAGGGUGCUCUUCCUGGACCACGUCAUGUACACCAUCCACAUGGGCUGUCACGGCUUUCGUGACCCUUUUGAGUGCAACAUGUGCGGCUAUCACAGCCAGGACCGCUACGAGUUCUCGUCUCACAUCACCCGGGGCGAGCACCGUUUCCACAUGAGCUAAGCCCCCCGUCGGCCACCGGAGAAGAGCGCCCGGAGGGGGCUUGGGGGGCCAGGCCCUCCCCUCCUGCCCGCAGAGCGGACUGAACCCGAACCUUGUGCUUCGGAUUUCUCGGUGGUUUCCUUGUUUAGUUUCGUUUUGUAUUUUCCAGUCGGUUGGGGUUUGUUUGAUUUGCUUUGGAACGCGAGGGUGAUUUUUUUAUGGUUAGAUGCAGGGUUACGUUUGGAGUCCCCCCAAACUGCUCUCUCCCUAGAUGUUUGCCAUGGACUGCUAGCUGAUGUCCCCUCGACCUGUGGCUUCCUGGAAGACCCACCCCCCCAACUCUGUAGGACUCAUCACUUUCAGAGAAAGUUUGAUGAAAACAGGUCAGAGCCCGGGAAGGAAUGAGCCUGGGAGCGGACCCCCAAGCGCCCCCAGCACAGCAGGGUCUAGAAACGCAAGCCCCAGCCUCUGACCGCACGCAUCUAGGGCUGCAGUUUCUAAAGGAAGAUGCUGUUAUAAGUCACAGCCUGCACAAAAGAUAAAAUGUUGGAGGAAAGUGGGACUUCCCGGACAAAGGGGGGCAGCAGAGAGCAUGUUGGUCUCUCCUUGAUUUCCAAACCUCUGUAGUGCGGCUCAGCCUUCUAAGGCUUGGGGGGGAGCACAGCGGUCUGAACUCCAUAUUCCUAGAGGAGGUCUGGAGUCGCCACCCUCUGCCUCCUCCCGUCGUGCCUUUCAUGGCCCAGAGUCCAUCACUACGUUUCUAACAUCCGUCCUGAAACGUGGACCUUAGUUCCUCUGAACCUCUCACAUGGUCAGAUUCCGGCGAAACCAAGGCUGUAUUUUAAAUUCUACACUCAUUCCUUCCCUGGCUGCUUCCACCGACAGCCAGAAGCCUGGUUUUCCUUGAGAGGCCCAACCUAGACCCCAUUUCAACUAUGUUGUUGUUCUUGUUGGUGGGUAAAAUUCCUUUCCCUGCCCUCAUUCUGCAUUAUUCAGGUUUUAAGACCCAUAAAAGCAGUAUUCAGAGUGAUUAUUAAUUUUCAGAGUAAGGGAAUCUGGCAGGCAAGGCCCAGGUGAUGUUGCUCACACACAGGACAUACGUGUUUGAAACUAAACUUUGAGACAGUGUGAGACUCGCCCGUAAGGACAAAGCAGUCCUGUGUGCUUGCACGUGGACAAGAGGCGUGGCCCCGCAUCCUUUCUCCCUGGGAAAGGAAUGGUUGGGAGCGAUCGCGAAACCGGCCAGUGGGGUCUGACAGGAAAGAGACAGAUGGUGCUGGAGUUAGAACCGUCCCCAGCCAUGCUGUCGGGAGCCUAGCUGAGGUGUCUGGUGAUUCGGAUCCGAUCCCAGAGGCAUAGACCUCAAGGUUCAUCCUGUCGUUAUGGAUCAUAAUCCCAACCACCUAGGCAAGUAAGAGCACACAAUUUCACAUGUUUAGGUGUCUUCGCCAAAACUGAACCAUGGUGAACA